GAGUCUUCCAGAAGAGGGGAGAAGGCAGCAGAGUUGUUCAAGCACCUAGGCCUGCAGUGGAGCCCCUUGCUCAUGGUGUUAAUGGGGUGCUCUUCCCGAUGGGCCAAACCCUUGGGCACAGAUCCCUGGUCAUUUAUACUGAUUCUCUUUUCUAUACCACAUGUGUAUGGGGGUGAAAAGAAGUAUAUCAGUCCAUGCAGAGGAAGAGAUUGCUCUGUUUGCCAGUGCUUUCCUGAAAAGGGGUCCCGGGGUCGACCAGGACCCCUCGGGCCACAGGGUCCCAUAGGGCCUCUGGGACCCCCAGGACCCAUUGGGAUUCCAGGAGAGAAAGGCCUGAGAGGUGACAGUGGCCCUCCCGGGGCUGCAGGGGAGAAAGGAGACAAGGGUCCAACUGGUGUUCCUGGAUUUCCUGGUUUGGAUGGUAUACCUGGUCACCCAGGUCCUCCAGGGUCCAGAGGCAAACCUGGCAUGAAUGGUUACAAUGGAUCAAGAGGAGACCCAGGGCUUCCAGGGGAAAGAGGAGCUCCUGGCCCAAGAGGCACCCCAGGCCCUCCUGGAGCAAAAGGAGAAAAAGGAAAUUCACUGUUCAUUUCAGGAGGCAUUAAAGGUGUUCAAGGAGACCGAGGGGACCCAGGACCAGACGGCUUGACAGGAUCCAGAGGUGCUCGAGGACCCACAGGCCCAGUGGGAGAGCCUGGAGCCCCCGGGCUGACAGGAUUGCCAGGCCACCCUGGGAGUCCGGGUUUGAAGGGCAGUCCUGGUAUCGGAGUAAAAGGGCAGAUGGGGGACCCGGGUGAAGUUGGCCAACAAGGUUUUCCUGGACCCACCCUACUGGUAGAGCCACCUGAAUUUUGCCUCCAUAAAGGAGAAAAGGGUAUAAAAGGAAUUCCUGGAAUGAUUGGACCUCCAGGACUGCCAGGACUCAAGGGAGAACAUGGUGUUGGGGUGAAAGGAGAGAAAGGCAUUCCUGGCUUCCCAGGACCUCGGGGUUACCCUGGUUCCUACGGAUCUCCAGGUUUUCCAGGACUAAAGGGAGAACAAGGGCCGGUUGGAGAUCCUGGGCUAUUUGGAUUUCUUGGCCCAAAGGGGGAUCCUGGAGACCGCGGGUACCCGGGACCACCAGGGGUUUUGGUAACUCCGUCUCUUCCACUCCAAGGUCCUCCAGGAGACCCAGGAUUCCCUGGCCUCUAUGGAGAAAUGGGAGAUUUUGGACCUCCUGGUCCCCCAGGUCCUUCAGGCCAACCAGGGGAAGCUUGUCCAGGCAUUGUUGGACCUCCCGGACCACCAGGGCUUCCUGGUCCUCCGGGGUUUCCAGGGGAAGCGGGUAUUCCUGCGAGGCCUGACUCUGUCCCAGGAAAAGCAGGGCAGCCAGGACCCCCCGGCUUACCCGGACUCCCAGGGCUUCAAGGAACCCCAGGGCCGAAUGUGGUACAUUGCAGUGCUGGGCUCCUUGGACCACAUGGAAUAAAGGGCAAAAUGGGCUCCCCAGGAGGAAGAGGCUCAAAAGGAGAUAAAGGAAAUGAAGGACUCUGUGCCUGCCCACCUGGCCCUGUGGGCCUCCCUGGCACUCCGGGGCUACCUGGGAGGCAGGGCCAUAAGGGAGAUGCAGGGCCGCCAGGCUGGCUUGGAGAAAAAGGCGACCCAGGCCCUCCUGGUGCUGAAGGACCACCAGGGCAACCAGGAAACACUGGUGUUCAAGGACCUCCUGGCAACAGAGGAGCAAAGGGUGACAUGGUGGUAGUGAGAGUUAAAGGGUACAGAGGAGAAAGAGGACCUGACGGGCCUCCUGGAUUUCCAGGGCAGCCUGGACAAGAUGGUCAGGAUGGACAUACUGGAGAAAAAGGGGAUCUGGGACCCCCGGGGGAUCAUGAAGAUGCAGCCCCAGGUGAGAAGGGGUUUCCGGGACCACCAGGUCCCCCUGGAAAAGCAGGACCGGUGGGGCCUCCAGGACUAGGAUUUCCUGGUCCACCGGGAAAAAGAGGUCAACCAGGCAUCCCAGGCCGCCCAGGCGAGAGGGGCCCUGAUGGCUUGAAGGGGCCAAAAGGUGACACGAUUCCUUGUAAUGUAACCUAUCCCGGGAGGCCAGGCCCUCCAGGCUUUGAUGGCCCUCCAGGUCGGAAGGGAUCUCCAGGUCCCCCGGGUGCUCCUGGGCUGAGGUGUUUGGAUGGACCCAAAGGCCAACCAGGCCAACCAGGAAUACCAGGGAUACCAGGCCCACCUGGUUUUCGUGGUGACGUGGGAGAUCCUGGUUUUGGAGGUGAAAACGGGUCCUCUCCUGUUGGACCCCCAGGUCCCCCUGGGCCACAUGGAGUGGAUGGUCAGAAAGGAAUGCCAGGAGAACCUGCAUUUGCUCAGCCAGGAGCCCCUGGAAAUAGGGGUCUUCCGGGAGUGCCAGGGAUAAAAGGAUCCAAAGGUGAUCCUGGAUGCCCUGGGCCUGAAGGGGCAGCUGGCAUCCCUGGGAUGCCAGGUCACCCAGGUCCCAAAGGCAGGGCAGGAAGUGCUGGGUUUCCAGGCAUCCCAGGUCUACCAGGCCAUUCCUGCCAAAGAGGCGCUACAGGGAUUCCAGGCCAACCAGGACCCCCGGGGGCUCCAGGUAGCCCAGGUGCCCCAGGUAGGAAAGGACAGCAAGGAGAUGUGGGGUCUCCUGGACCCACUGGAAUGAAGGGCUUCCCUGGACCCCCAGGACUGCUUGGGGCAAAUGGACCCCGAGGACCUCCAGGAAUCCCAGGCCACUUUGGAGAAGAUGGGCUUCCUGGUCAUCCAGGUCCAAAGGGACCCCGGGGGCUGCCUGGUCUCCCAGGCUUUCCAGGAGAGAGAGGAAAUCCAGGCACAGCAGGCCAACCGGGCAGAAAGGGAGAAAUCGGACAGAAGGGCUGGCCUGGCUUUCCAGGGGACCCAGGAGCCCAAGGUGCCAAAGGAGCCAGAGGACUUCCUGGAGAUGAAGGAGAAAUGGCCAUCAUUUCCAAAAGAGGAGACACUGGGGAACCUGGGCCUCCUGGAGAUGGGGGGUUCACAGGAGAGAGAGGUGACAAAGGAAUUCCCGGGAUACAAGGGAGAAGAGGCGAGCCAGGGAGAUAUGGACCACCUGGAUUUCAGAGAGGGGAGCCUGGCAGAAAUGGGCAGCGUGGGCUUCCGGGACCCCCUGGCCCUCCAGGUUCACCAGGGCUAAGAGGCAUCAUGGGUUUUCCAGGAUUCCCGGGUGACCAGGGUGAGCCAGGUUCUCCAGGCCCCCCUGGAUUUUCCGGAACUGGUGGAACAAAGGGACUUAAAGGAGACAAAGGUGACCCUGCCAGUCAGUUUGGUUUACCUGGUCCGAAGGGAGAGCCUGGUAGCCCUGGGAUUCAAGGACAUUUGGGAGCCCCUGGAGAGCAAGGCUCACCUGGAGUUCAAGGGCUGAGAGGACCACAGGGAACACCAGGACCGCCUGGCUCCUUGGGGCCAUCAGGGAGUCCAGGUGAUCAGGGGAGGCCUGGGCCGAAGGGCUUUCCAGGAGAAAUGGGGGAUCCUGGACUUCAAGGACUCCCUGGGCAUCCAGGGAUGCCAGGUCCUCCAGGAAUAAAAGGUCUUGCUGGGUUACCUGGCCUGCAUGGCUUGCAUGGUUUGAAGGGAGAGAAAGGAACCAAAGGUGCCUCAGGUUUGCAUGAAAUGGGCCCACCAGGUCCAGUGGGGAUACCUGGUCUAAAAGGAGAGAUAGGGGACCCUGGGAGUCCAGGAAUUUCUCCCCCGGGCCUUUUUGGAGAGAAAGGCUUCCCAGGCCCCCCAGGGAGACCAGGACUCCCAGGUCCUGCAGGUACCCCAGGAAAAGCUCCUAAGGGUGACGUUCCUGACCCCGGUCCACCUGGAGAUCAGGGACCUCCUGGCCCUGAUGGCCCAAGAGGAGCUCUUGGGCCUCCGGGACCCCGUGGGAGUGUUGACCUUCUGAAAGGGGAGCCAGGUGACUGUGGGCUGCCGGGGCCACCAGGUCCCCCUGGCCCUCCAGGACCUCCCGGAUGCCAGGGUGUCCCAGGAUGUGAUGGAAAAGAUGGCCAAAAAGGACCAGUGGGAUUUCCAGGGCCUCCAGGGCCACCUGGCUUUCCUGGAGCACCUGGAGAGAAGGGUUUACCUGGACCUCCAGGAAGGAGUGGGCCCAGGGGUCCCCCAGGUCCCAGAGGUGAACCUGGGCCACCUGCAGAUGUGGAUGCCUGUCCCCGAAUCCCAGGGCUUCCUGGGGUGCCAGGCCCACGAGGACCAGAAGGAGCCAUGGGGCUCCCAGGAGAGCAAGGCCCCCCAGGACCAGGGUGCAAAGGAAAGCCUGGGCCAGAUGGCAGGAGAGGCGAGGAUGGUGUCCCUGGGCCUCCUGGGCCUCCGGGACACAAAGGUGACGGUGGAGAGGCCGGCUGCCCUGGAGCACCAGGCCCUCCUGGUCCAACUGGUGACCCCGGCCCCAAAGGGCGUGGGCUCGGCUACCUCAGCGGCUUCCUCCUGGUGGUCCACAGCCAAACGGAUGAGGGACCCACCUGCCCCACGGGGAUGCCCCAUCUCUGGAGUGGGUACAGCCUGCUCUACCUGGAAGGGCAGGAGAAAGCGCACAACCAAGACCUCGGCCUGGCGGGAUCUUGCCUUCCUGUGUUCAGCACGCUGCCCUUUGCCUACUGCAACGUCCACCAAGUGUGCCACUAUGCCCAGAGGAACGACAGGUCCUACUGGCUGGCCAGCGCCGCGCCCCUCCCCAUGGCGCCGCUGUCGGAGGAGGAGAUCCGGCCCUACAUCAGCCGCUGUGCUGUGUGCGAGGCCCCAGCGCAGGCGGUGGCGGUGCACAGCCAGGACCAGUCUGUCCCUCCGUGUCCCAGGACCUGGAGGAGCCUCUGGAUCGGGUACUCCUUCCUGAUGCACACAGGAGCUGGAGACCAAGGAGGAGGCCAGGCCCUGAUGUCACCUGGCAGCUGCCUACAGGACUUCAGAGCGGCGCCGUUCCUCGAAUGCCAAGGCCGACAGGGCACCUGUCACUUCUUUGCAAACGAGUACAGCUUCUGGCUGACCACGGUGAAACCAGACUCGCAAUUUUCCUCAGCGCCAUCACCAGACACCUUAAAAGAUGGCCACACCCAGCGCCAGAAAAUCAGCAGAUGCCAGGUCUGUGUGAAGUACAGCUAGAGAGUGCAAACUUCGCUGCCAGGUGUGAAGAGAACUGAAAAUUCUAUGGUGCUUAUUCCAGAUCACACUUCUGGCCCUCCUGUGCUCAGUGGGGUUAUUCCCAGUCCUCUACUUCCUCCUUCUGUUCUUUACAGAUUAAACAAAGGCUAUGUGUGGGAUUUGUUUUGCUCCCCCCAUCUCGAUGAAAUCUACAUACCAUUAUUUUAUUGACUGUGGUGGAAAAAUCGGCUUUGAAAAUAUGAUCAUUCUCAAGAAAGCAAUUAAAAGGCCAGAUUACAAAUUCUAUUACUGAAAACUUCGUUCAUUGGCUAUCAGCAUCUCAAACAAUGGAAGUCGAUUACCCUACAGAACAUUGGGUUUCUGGACAGAUUUUACAGGAAAAAAUACGUAAGUCAACAAAUGAAACUCAGAAGUGGAGAUUUUCAACAUUUCAAAAUGAUUUCCUCUUUAAUGUUUUUUUCCAUGCACUUUAGACAAUUGUAAAACCAUGACCCAAAGAGAUUACAAAAAAAAAAAACAAAAAACAAAAAAACACUUCCAAGCCCACAGCCGCUCUUUUCUAGAGCUGCAGUGUUAGCGCAGGCACAUCACAGAGGAAUAUAAAACAUUAUGUUCUCUUCUGCGUUUUUCAGGGACUAGAAAUGCCUUCUUUGGCAGCCCUUUUGAAAAGUAGCAAUUAAGGAAGAAAAUAUAUUCAAUAGGGGAUUAGAAGCCUAAAAGCUAUUAAUGAAUAUUAAGGCAGUGAUUCACAAAAUCUGACACUUCAU